CCGCGAUAGAGAGAGGGAGAGAGAGGGGUCGUCUCCUUCGCCCAAAACCCUCGCACGCCCCCCUCAAAACCCUAACCCUAGCAAUCCCAUUACACUGCGCAAGCUUAACCCUAGGCUAAGCCUCGUCUCUCCUCGACCCUCCUCCAAUGGCGCCCGGAGAGGAGAAGAGCCUGGGCGGGUCGAAGAAGCGGAAGCGGGAGUCGUUCUCCACGGCGAAGGGAGGAGGAGGGCCCAAGUCGAAGGGCGCUACGAAGCCCCAUAUGAAGGGCUCGGAGAAGCCGCUCAAACGAGCUUCAGAGAAGUCGAUUAAGCCCGGCCAUGGCGCAGCUGCCGCCGAUGUUGGGGGAGAGAAGAAGAAGAAGAAGGAACCCAAAACCCCGAGGGAGCGGCGCUUGGCCGCAAAGGAAAUGUCGGAAUCGAGGAAGCGGAAGAGAAAACCGAAUUAUGAUCUUGAGAGAGACCUCGCUUUAUUAUGGGAAAAAAUGAGAUGCUACAAUAUCAGCAAGGAGGAGAGAUCAAAGUUUGUUACACAAGCUCUUCAGAAGAUGAAUGGAAAGUUUCUAGAAAUUGCCGGUUCUCAUGUCUCUGCACGUGUUCUUCAAACAUGUAUUAAGUACUGUUCACAAUCGGAGAGAGAUAGUAUUUUUGAUGCUCUUCGACCGCACUUUCUUACUCUGAUACGGAAGAAGUAUGCCGUUCAUCUUGUAAAGAAAUUAUUGGAUACUGCCACCAAAAAGCAAUUGGAAUGGUUUAUCUCCUCUCUGCAUGGCCAUGUUGCUUCCCUUCUUCGGCAUACAGUGGGAUCUGCAGUGGUUGAACAUGUGUUCCAUCUGGCAAAUGGUUGUCAGAAACAAAGCUUGUUAAUGGAAAUGUACUCCACGGAGCUUCAGUUAUUUAAGGACUUGACAGUAGCCAACACAGGCCGAUUGGUGGAUAUUAUUUCUAAACUUGGACUACAAAAGUCAUCAGUGCUGCAACACAUGACUUUAACGAUUCAGCCACUCUUGGAAAAAGGGAUUGUCGACUAUUCUAUUGUACACACCGCCUUAAUUGAAUACUUCACAAUAGCUGACAAGUCUUCUGCCACAGAUGUGAUUCAGCAGUUAAUCCCUCUUCUUGUUCAAAGGUCAUCAGUUUCCGAUGAAAGCGAACCAUUAACUGCUCCGGACUUGUCGAAGAGAAACAAAAGUAAAAAGAAACGUUCAGCGGAACCGCUUCUAGUUCGAAUGAUGCAUUCAAGAGACGGACUGAAACUUGGCAUCCUUUGCAUCAAGCAUGGGACUGCGAAGGAGAGGAAGAAGAUCGUUAAAGGCAUGAAGGGCCAUAUUAGAAAGCUGGCUUUUGAUCAAUACGGAAGCCUGCUUCUGAUUUGUAUCCUUUCGAUUGUUGAUGACACGAAGCUCGUAACGAAGAUUGUAAUCCAAGAGCUGCAGAAGAUGCUAAAGGAACUAGUAUUGGAUAAAAAUGGAAGACGACUUUUAUUGCAGCUACUCCAUCCCCAAUGCCCACGCUAUCUUAGUCCUGAUGAUUUGGCUUGCCUAAACUAUGACGUUCCUUCUCUCGCUUUGCAGGGUGAAGAAUCUCAAGAAUGCUCAGAUAACAAGGCCGACACUUCAAAUCAUAAUAAGAGUGCUGAAGGGUGUGAAAAGACCACGCAAUUACCAGUAGGAAGCAAGAAGGAUCCUUCUUUGCGAAGGCACGAAUUGUUGGUCGACAGCGAGCUUGCCGAGAGUCUCUUCGAAACUUGUAUUGCAAAUGUUGGAGAGCUGCUUCGCUCAAAUUUUGGCAAAGAAGUCAUAUAUGAGGUAGCAGUAGGUGGAUCAGAGGGUGUUUUGCAAUCUCUAUCUGAUCAAACGGAUGCGCUGCAUGAAGCAAUAGCUUCUCUAGCGGCUGUUCCAAAAACCGAAGAAUCCGAAGAGGAGCAUGUUCUCGAGAACUUCCAUUCUAGCCGGACCAUCAGAAAACUUAUCCUCGACAGCCCUAACUUCGCCGCCGCUCUAUGGAAAACAGCUUUACAAGGGAAGUGCGACAUAUGGGCCCAAGGGCACAGCUCUAAGGUGAUCGCCGCGUAUCUCGAAUCAUCCGAUCCGAGGGUGAGAGAAGUCGCGAAACUCGAGCUGCAGCCUUUGGUCGAUCGCGGCACGCUUAAACCCCCCGCUGCCCCGCAUAAUAAGGUAGCUGAGAAAAAAAGGUUGAUGCCUGAGUUUGAGAUGUAAAAGUUUUGAGAAUCUUUUUGUUUUUGGUCCGAAAUUAUGCCGUGAAAUGUAAUCUGUAACUUUUCUGAGUUUGUUGAAUUGAGUUAAAUGAGUUCCGAACCUCGAAAAGCAUUUUUGAUGAAACAUCGUCUAGUGCUUCUGAAAAAAGCUCUUAUGUAAACAGCAUUUUUGCUUCUUGUUCAAAAAUGGGCCCAAGGAGAGGUUCUUAUGAGGCUCAAACCUUGGUUGGGCUACAAUUCUAUAAAAUAGGUGCUUCCUCCAAA